CUUCAAACUGGCCAAUCAGAAGAGAGGAUUAUGAGUGGUGGCGGCGACGCACGAGAUCGGCGGUUGCUCGAACGGCUGCGCUCCGGACGGAUUUCAGUUAUAAAUUCAGAGGGGAGGUUGACGAGGAGGGAGCGGCGAGAUGACUGGCUCAAAUGAAUUCAAGCUAAACCAAUGUCCUGAGGAUGGAAUAUCAGCUAUCAAGUUCAGCCCAAACACCUCUCAGUUCCUCUUGGUGUCAUCCUGGGACUGUACUGUCCGUUUGUAUGAUAUCACGUCGAAUAAUAUGCGCCUAAAGUAUCAACAUUCAGCUGCUGUCCUGGACUGUGCUUUUCAUGAUCCAACUCAUGCAUGGAGUGGUGGAUUGGACCUUUCUCUGAAAAUGCGUGAUUUAAACACAGACCAAGAAUCUAUUGUGGGUUCCCAUGAUGCUUCAAUUCGUUGUGUUGAGUAUUGUCCUGAAGUGAACGUAAUGGUCACCGGAAGUUGGGAUCAAACAGUCAAGCUGUGGGAUCCUAGAACACCUUGCAAUGCUGGAACAUUUGCACAACCAGAAAGGGUAUAUACUCUUUCUGUGUCUGGUGAUCGUCUAAUUGUUGGAACAGCUGGCCGCCGUGUACUGGUGUGGGACCUGAGGAACAUGGGCUACGUACAGCAAAGGAGAGAAUCUAGUCUCAAGUAUCAGACCCGCUGCAUUAGAGCAUUUCCAAAUAAGCAGGGCUAUGUCCUUAGUUCAAUUGAAGGACGUGUUGCAGUGGAGUACCUUGAUCCUAACCCAGAAGUACAAAAGAAGAAGUAUGCUUUUAAAUGUCAUCGAUUGAAAGAGAACAACCUUGAACAAAUCUAUCCAGUCAAUGCCAUUUCAUUCCACAGUGUUCAUAAUACAUUUGCUACAGGUGGCUCUGAUGGAUUUGUGAAUAUCUGGGAUCCUUUCAAUAAGAAAAGAUUGUGUCAGUUCCACCGCUAUCCCACCAGUAUUGCAUCGCUUUCCUUCAGCAAUGAUGGCUCUGCUAUUGCAAUAGCAUCAUCAUACAUGUAUGAAAAAGGUGAAAUAGAACACCCUGAAGACACUAUCUAUAUUCGGCAAGUGACAGAUGCGGAAACAAAGCCCAAGUGGAAGAACGCUUGUCAUAUGUUGUCAACCAGUGCAGCUAAAGGAGAUAUCAUGAAGAUAAGGAAUAUGUUUCUGACCGGCACUACAGUCUCUGGAUAUGAGUUAGCCAUCUCACAACAGCAGUGGUUUAUUUUCAAAGUGGGCUUUAUAUUAAUAGUAUUAAAAUUCAAGGUUAUGUGACUUAUUCUUUGACAAUGUUCAGUUGUCCUUUUAUAGAAUAUGUAACAUCAUAGGUUCCAUUAAAGGGAUGUUCGGCUGGGAGAU